AUGGCAUUUUUAGAGUGGCGUCGAUUUACAUUCUUCGAUAUUCAUAAAAACAUAGAUAAUGGAAAGAUUGCUGAAUGUCUACAAGAUACAAAUGUAACAGUAGCUACAAGUGGUAAUAAUCAUGUAAUUAUCUGUGAUGUGACUGGUUGGGCCCAUUUAAUAUCUCGUUCCUGGGAGAUCACUUCUUUCAAAGCUUAUGAUCUGACAGUGACUCUUGCUCAGCAAUUACCACAUGAUCCUUAUUUAGUUACUAUAGGGGAAGAUGAAGCUGGUGUUACGCCAUUAAUCAAAGUAUGGGACUGGUCUCGAGUGGAUCGACAUGGGAACCCUCAGUGUGUGAGAACAUCUCGUGCUGUCCCCUCACACAUGUACCCCACUCAAGCUACUUCACUUGCUGUUCAUGAUAAUAAGAAUCUCCUAGCUGUUGGUUUUCAAGAUGGCUCUGUUACAUUAUACCGUGGUGAUAUCGCGCGACAGCGUAGUGGAAAGAUGAAGACUUUGCCGGACACUGGUUCCAGUCCUAUUACUGGAUUAGCUUUCAAGGGCGCGGACCGGCUGUUCGUGGUGUCGCGCGCGGCCGUGAUGGUGUGCCACACGGGCAGCGAGCGCGUGGCGGUGCUGGACGCCAUGGGCGCGGCGCCCGCCUGCACCGUGCUCGCGGACGCGCACCGCCUCACCGUCGCCACCACGGACGCCAUAUACUGCUACACGACAGAAGGACGAGGCCCGUGUUACGCCCUAGAAGGGGAAAAACUAAGACUGAAUUGGUUCCGUAGUUACCUAGUAAUUACAUCCAAUGACACGUCCAACAAAGCUUCAAGCUCUUCCACCACGCCGAAGUCACACCAUAUCACUAUUUUGGAUAUUCAAAACAAAUUCAUAGUAUUCUCAAAGACUUUUGAGGAAAUAGAUGCGGUGUUAACGGAAUGGGGCUCCUUCUAUAUAUUGACGAAGAAGAAAGAGAUGAUUUAUCUAGAAGAGAAGGAUCUACAGUCAAAAUUGUCGUCGUUGUUCAAGAAGAAUCUUUAUGAUGUGGCCAUAAGAAUAGCCAGCAGUCAGCAUUACGAUGUGGAAGGUUUGACCGAGAUUUAUAAACAGUAUGGUGACCAUUUGUAUAAUAAGGGUGACCUAAAAAGUGCAAUCGAUCAAUACGUCAAGACGAUUGGUUGGCUCGAGACUUCGUAUGUCAUACGAAAAUAUCUAGAAUCCAGACAUUUAGAACCUCUAGUCCAAUACCUAGAAGAGUUACAUAAAAAGGGAUUCGCAACAGAAGACCAUACCACGUUGUUAUUAACUUGCUAUGUUAAAAUAGACCAGCACGAUCAUCGAGGGAAGCUGAAAGAAUUUAUCAAUUCAAAGGAUAAAGCCAUUGAUUUUGAUGUAGAUGUCGCUAUCAAGGUCGUGCGUCAAGUAAGUGUGAACGACGCUCUCUCACUCGCAGCAAACCACAAACGUCACGACUGGUAUCUGAAGAUUGUGAUAGAAGAUAAGAAAGAGUUUAAGCAAGCGGUAGACUAUAUUGCUGACCUGCAGUUCGAUGAUGCUGACACUUAUAUGAAAAAGUAUGGCCAUAAGUUGAUACAGCACGAGCCUGAAGAGAGCACUAAGCUGCUCAAAUUGCUCUGCACGGAUUACAAACCCCGGUCCUCCCUCCUAGUGGACGAGAGCACUCUCUCAGGGGCAUUCAGAGAACCAGACAGGGCGAUACCAGAUGACUUCAUACAUAUGUUCCUAAGCAAUUCAGAGAAAUUGAUAGACUUUUUAGAACACAUGAUCACCACUGAUCCUAACUGCUCCAGCUUGGUGUACAACGCUCUUAUCGAACACUAUAUUCAUGUAUGGGCGAAAUCUUCAGACGAUGAUAAAAACACGUAUGAAUCUAAAAUAUUAUCAUUAUUAAAGGACCCUGAAGCUAAUUACGACAAGGAUCAUAUUUUGAUUAUAUGUCAAAUGCUGGGUUUUAAGAGUGGCACUCUCCAUCUUUAUGAAGAGAAAAAAUUAUACCGCGCGCAGGUGGCGCAGCAGCUGCGCGCGGGCGCGGCGGGCGCGGAGGGCGCGCUGCGCGUGUGCCGGCGGCGCGGCGCCGCGGCCCCGCGCCUGUGGCUCGACGUGCUGUGGGCGCCGCCGCCCGCCGCCGCGCUGCCCGAGCUGCUGCGCGUCGUGGAGAGCGAAAAACUUCUUUCACCCAUUCUAGUCAUCGACUGCCUCACCAGCACGCCCGCCUACACGCUCGGAGAUGUGCGCAAAUAUCUAAUGGACGUUCUAAAGUCGGAAGACGAAGUAAUAACCCGCGAACAAGAGCUCGCAGCUAAAUAUAAGAGUGAAAUAGAGAAAAUGAAAGCCCAAAUACAAGUGAUACAGAACGAGCCGAUCACGUUUCAAAGCUCGCGAUGCGUCAUCUGCAAUAGACCCUUGGAACUGCCAACCGUGCAUUUCCUUUGUCAACACUCGUUUCAUGAAGACUGCUUCACGACGUACAGCGAGUCGGAGCGCGAGUGCGUGGCGUGCGCCGGCGCCGCGCGCGCGCCGCCGCCGCCCGCGCCCGCCGCCGAGCUGCUGCACGCGCGCCUGCACGCCGACCGCGACCCG